AUGACUCGUGGAUCAUCACUUUCCCAAGAUCUCCGGCUUCUUAUUAAUAAUUCCAAGUAUAGUGACAUUAUAAUUACCUGUGCUGAUUCAGAAAAAUUUUAUGGCUGUCGAUCUAUCCUUGCUGCUCGUUCGGAGGUCCUUGAUUGUUUAUUAUUCAAUGGAAUGAAAGAAUCGCAUGAAAAAGAAAUCAAUUUAGUAUAUGAUUCUCAAGUGAUGAAAAUACUUUUAGAAUUUAUAUAUACAGGAAAUUAUACCAAUGGAGAUAAUGAAGAUUUAUCUUUAGAAAUUCUAAUUGAUGCAUAUUCCGCAGCUGAUUUUUUUCAAUUACCGAUUUUACAAGAUCAUAUUAUUAAUAUGUUGGAGGAAAUAUUAAGUAAUAACUCCAAUGUUUCAAAUGUUUCACCUGAGUUAUUAACUAAGGUAGUUGAAGGACACUCAGAUCAACCUCUUACUAAUCUAUUGGCAAAGUAUGUAACGAAAAUACCUCUGGAAGAAAUUCCAUUUGGAAGUUUAUCAUCAAAAGCUUUUCAGUUUUUGUUUAAGUAUUGUACAGAGAAUAAAAUAUCCCUGGCAAAGAAUCAAUAUACCAUAUUCAGGUAUGUUGUUUUACAUGCAGCAAAUGAAGUCUCACAGGAAGUCUCGGAAGACGUACUUACAAAAACCAAAGCAUGUUUGCUACCACUUGAUAAAAUUUUAGAAAAUGGACAAGUUAUUAAACAUGAAAAUAUUGACCUAAUAUCAUUUCAAAAAAAAUUAACCGAAAAGAUAACACCAAUGCUAAAAUAUGUAAAUAUUAAAUUAAUUAGUGGUGAUAUAUUGGCGGAAAUUAUUGAACCAUUAAAUAUAGUACCAUUUGAACUGAUUAUAGAAGCAUACAGAUACAAAGUAAAACAAGAACCAACAAUAAAAUUGGAAGAAGAGGAAAUACAAAUAGAUUUUACCUGGGAUAUAAGCGUUUGUGGUCCAAAUUUAGAUAUUUCUGAUGAUGGAUAUAAAGUUGAAACCUCCAGCACUAUAAAAUUUAAUGAACGAGUUCGAGCAUCACAACCAAUUACAGAUAUUGGAUUAUACGAAUGGGAUAUAAUCAUCGAACGUCCUAGUUCAUCAGAUUGGGUAGGAAUAUGUGGUGAAGGUGAUGUAACAAAUUUUAAAUGUACAGAUUAUGAUUCAAAAGUGUGGAUAUUGGGAAAUAAUGGAAUGAUUAGUAAUAACAAACAAGUAAUAAAUUAUGGAAGUCCACCAUUUGAGCAAGGUACUAAGAUAAGAGUACAUUUGAAUAUGGGAGAAAGAGAAAGAAAUUUGGCAUUUUCAGUAAAUGGUGUAAAGUAUCCAGUAGUGUCACAUUGGAAUAAUAUACCAACCAAAGUAUAUCCAUUAGUUUCAUUGAGAUAUCCUGGAAAUUUUAGAAUUCAAAAGAAAAUUGAUUAA